AUGAAAUAUCUAUGCAUUAGACCUGUUGUCCCGCCGCAGAGUGUGUUUGUACUUAAACACUGCAAUGUGAUUUGGCGACUUUAUGAAGGAUCUCAUUGGAAUUACGAUGAUGAAUCGUUUAAACAUUUUACUGAUCCUACUCGGAAAGAGUCUCAAACGUACCGUGGUGAUCGUGCAGACCAACAGGAGAAUGAAGCGUCGAUUCCAUCUUCUCGAGGUUCGAAUGAAAAGCAUGCUGCCUUUAAAGACAAAAGCGAAGCUGGUGAUUCGUCUAUUUUGGAAGAUUUUGAAAGCGAUAUACAUUCCACACAGACAUCUUUCAAAAAACAAACAAAGGAUUGCGAGCUUGAACUACGGCUUGUUCAUAUUGGUGUGGAUGUCAAAAUGUUCCCCGAGGAUAGCACACAAACCACUUUGGAUGUUCAGUUUAAUGUUCGCGACGUGGAAAUUAUUGAUCAUGUCAAAUCUUCUCAAUGGCGUAAAUUCUUUAGUUAUAUGCAGCCAGAGAGUAAUACGCUUCCACGUGAGACGGGAAGCGAUAUGAUUACUGUUUCAUGGAGCAGCAUUCCUCAAACUAUGGGAAAACCAGAGAUCAGAAUGAGGGCAGCAUUACUUCCGUUUAGAAUGUACAUUGAUCAGGAUACACUGAAUUUUAUUGUUAAGCAUACUACUGAGAUUACUGAGAUUCGCCAGAUUCAAUCCAAUCCACCCAUGCCAACCUUGCAAAAAACACCAUCAGAUAAUAUAUUUUUCCAAUUUUGCGAGAUUGAGCCUGUUAUGAUGAAAAUUGAUUACAAACCCAAACAUGUUGAUUUUUCAAGUCUUAAGAACGGUUCGUUGAUUGAAUUCCUCAACUUUGUUCAUCUUGACAGUGCCGAGCUGUCACUCCAUCGUAUCAGAUUAGCGGGCGUACGUGGAUGGGAUAAUUUAGGAAAGCGAAUCAUGAAUAUAUGGAUUCCACAUAUUCGUACUACACAAGUUUCGAAUAUGGCUUCUGGCGUGUCGACUGUUCGUCCUUUUGUCAAUAUUGGUGCAGGUGUUGCAGAUUUGGUUUUACUUCCAGUUGAGCAAUUUAAAAAGGAUGGACGUAUUGUAAAAGGGUUACAAAAAGGUGCCGGUGCAUUUCUUAAAGCUGCUACGAUGGAGACUAUUCGAUUAGGAAGUCGUGUUGCAGCAGGAACUCAAGUUAUUUUGGAGCGUGCAGAGGAAUUUAUGAGUAAAACAGAUUCUAAUAGCAACUAUAGCAAUGUAGACGGAGGAAGUAGCAGCAGAGGCAGCAUUCGAGGCGGUGCAGGAACAUCUAUAAGCGGUGGUGGGAUUUCUGGUAGCGACUACAACAAUGAUCGUGGCAGACAGCAGCUAUCUAAAUUCUCUGACCAGCCGCGUGAUAUCCGUGAAGGUUUACAGAUGGGUCUUGCUAGCUUAAGUGAGGGCGUUCGGAGUGCUGCUCGAACUAUUUUUGCAGUUCCAACCGAUAUCUACGAAUCGACAGACGAGGGACAGGUUCAUCCAGUUGUGCGUGCUGUUCCCGUGGCUAUUUUACAGCCCAUGAUUGGAGCAACUGAUGCAGUUUCCAAGACACUUGUUGGUCUUGGAAACACUCUGGACAAGACUCAGCAACGACGCAUGGAAGACAAAUAUAAGCGCCAUGGAUAG